AUGGCGAACAUGUACAGGAUUCAGCCGGUUUUGGAGGACCUUGUGGUAAAGCCAAAUGUGUCCAUGUAUCACAUCGAAUCCAUUCACGGGGAAGUCCAGAUCCCUUCAAGCAACAGUGUCCAGUCCACUUCCGAAGACCCAGUGAAAGAUUUGGAGAGAAGACAACUCGAGCUGAUCAGAAAUUUGAAUGAAUUCAGCAAAACCUUAGAUCAAUACUUGUCUUCUGAUGUCUCUAAACUCCGUUCGGAUGUGUCCAAAUUGAGUGUGCAAGAGGGAAAUGCUACCAAAGCUGGUGGUAAGGUGGACAAGAAAGCGGCCAAGAAGGAAGCCCGUAACAACAACAAGAGCUUGGCCAAGGAAAAGAAGACACCUGAGACAAGAUCAGAAUCUCUUCUGACGUUGGUUCAUCCUCCAAACUCCUCAACCUUCAACAUCAAACCGAAUGUAGAAGACCCAAAGGUUACUAUACACGACUACAAGACGACGCUACCUACAGAUUUUGAAGGAGUUUUGGAAUGUCAAGUGGCCGACAUCAAAUGGCUAAAUUCCCUCAUGAAGUUAGGCAAUCUUCGAGGCAUAGCUAUCGGCCCAAGGGCUAAAGGAAAAGGCACGAUUCAUUUCAAGACUACCAAAGGUAACACAUUAAUAUUGCCUGUUUUCAUAAUUUAGGGGAUCGAGGAAGAUCGAUGACUGACAAUUGAUAUUUUAGGCACAGUCCAGCUAUCUGGAGUGUCCACAUUCCCAAUUACCGGUCGAGUAUCUGUCUGGAAGGCCUUGGGAACAUUGCUACGGGUAUACGAUGUCCUCGAUGGUGUUUCAGCCUUGGAAACUCAUGAAUGGCUGACGUUAGCGGACUCGUUUUUGAAGAACCAGAUCUCUUUCGACGAUUUUUAUCGACCAAUAAACCGCCGACUCAGUGAAGUCGACUACCUGGCCUCAAGAAGCUCCUUAUUACUUCCCGAUCUGCUACUGAAGGACCUGGUGAACGGCCAUGUUGUGGCAAACAACACCGAACUUUGGAUAAACCGAGUGACUAGUUCCCUUUAA